AUUGCAAAGAUCGAGCCUGUGCCUCUCGCGAAUCGCCCAUCCCCUUGGUGGCUGGUCUUCUGGUCCUCUUUCCCAGCGGACUCCGCGCGAGGCAUCGUUGUGGGCGCCGUGUGACCAUGGGGCGCGUCAUCCGCUCCCAGCGUAAGGGUGCGGGCUCCAUCUUCCGCUCGCAUACGCACCGCCGCAAGGGGCCUGCCCAGUUCCGGUCCAUUGACUACUCGGAGAGGAAUGGCUACAUCAAGGGAGUCAUUGGCGAGAUUGUGCACGACAGUGGGCGGGGGGCCCCCCUGGCGCGGGUGACCUUCCGGCACCCGUUCCGGUUCAAGCACCAGAAGGAGCUGUUCAUUGCGGCGGAGGGCAUGUACACGGGCCAGUUUGUGUACUGCGGCAAGAAGGCCACGCUGUCCAUUGGCAACGUGCUGCCGCUGCGCAACAUGCCCGAGGGGACCAUCUGCAGCAACGUGGAGCAGCGGGUCGGGGACAGGGGCGCUUUUGCGCGCGCCUCAGGGGACUACGCCAUUGUGGUCAGCCACAACCCGGACGCCGGCACAACCAGGAUCAAGCUGCCGUCUGGCGCCAAGAAGAUUGUGCCCAGCGGCUGCCGUGGCAUGGUGGGCCAGAUUGCGGGCGGUGGGCGGACUGAGAAGCCGCUGCUCAAGGCCGGCAACGCGUACCACAAGUACAAGGUGAAGCGCAACUGCUGGCCCAAGGUGCGUGGUGUGGCCAUGAACCCUGUGGAGCACCCGCACGGUGGAGGUAACCAUCAGCACAUUGGGCACGCAUCCACGGUGCGGCGUGACGCGCCUCCAGGGCAGAAGGUCGGACUGAUUGCUGCCAGGAGGACGGGCCGGCUCCGCGGGCAGUCAGUGAUGAAGGAGAAGGGCAUGAGGGAUUCUUAGACGAUCCGAGCACAAUUGAGUCAGCAAACACGAUGUGCAAAGCUGAUGUCGCCUAUGCCAUCCAUUGUAUGUAUAUGUGUCCUGCUGUAGCAUCCACUUAUUACGCGACAAGUGCUUAAAGUGAUUAAGCACAUGUGUCAGAAGUCGCUGGCGAGAAUGGGCUGGCAUGGGUGCAUCCCGGAAAGCAUCAAAGCUUGUUUUGGUCGGCCCUACCUUUUUCACAUUGUUUAGUGGUCGAAGAUGAUUUCUUCACUUGCGCUGUUGCAUGAGGUG